CGGAGCCCGCAUCCCGGCCCGGACCGAACCAGAGCCGACCGCGGCCGCCGUCUCCAGCCAGGCGUCAUGCUUCUGCUCCUGCUGGGCUUGCUGGGUCCGGCCACUUGCUGGGCCCUGGGCCCUGCGGCUGGCCCUGGCGCCUCCGAGCUCCGUUCAGCUUUCUCGGCUGCGCGCACCACGCCGCUGGAGGGCACGUCGGAAAUGGCGGUGACCUUCGACAAAGUGUACGUGAACAUCGGGGGCGACUUCGACGCGGCCACCGGGCAGUUCCGCUGCCGCGUGCCGGGCGCCUACUUCUUCUCGUUCACGGCCGGCAAGGCCCCGCACAAGAGCCUGUCGGUGAUGCUGGUGCGGAACCGCGACGACGUGCAGGCGCUGGCCUUCGACGAGCAGCGGCGGCCGGGCGCGCGGCGCGCCGCCAGCCAGAGCGCCAUGCUGCAGCUCGACUACGGCGACACGGUGUGGCUGCGUCUGCACGGCGCCCCGCAGUACGCGCUCGGCGCUCCGGGCGCCACCUUCAGCGGCUACCUGGUGUACGCGGACGCCGACGCGCCUGCGCGCGCGCAGCCCCCGGGCCCCGAGCCGCGCUCGGCCUUCUCCGCGGCGCGCACGCGCAGCCUCGUGGGCUCGGACGCGGGCCCGGCGCCUCGGCACCGGCCGCUCGCCUUCGACACGGAGCUCGUCAACAUCGGCGGCGACUUCGACGCGGCGGCCGGCGUGUUCCGCUGCCGCCUGCCCGGCGCCUACUUCUUCUCCUUCACGCUGGGCAAGCUGCCUCGCAAGACGCUGUCGGUGAAGCUGAUGAAGAACCGCGACGAGGUGCAGGCCAUGAUCUACGACGACGGCGCGUCGCGGCGCCGCGAGAUGCAGAGCCAGAGCGUGAUGCUGGCGCUGCGGCGCGGCGACGCCGUGUGGCUGCUCAGCCACGACCACGACGGCUACGGCGCCUACAGCAACCACGGCAAGUACAUCACCUUCUCCGGCUUCCUGGUGUACCCCGACCUCGCCCCCGCCGGCUCGCCGGCCCUCGCACCCCCGGAGCUCUGAGCGCUUCUGAGAGGCCGGACGAGGACGGGGCUGGGCUGGGCUGGGCUGGGCUGGGCUGGGGCGUGCAUGCCGAGC